UUUACCAAAUACCAAUUUUUAAUAAAAAGCUUUUUGUGAAAGAAUUACAUAUUUGCUAUCGAUGCGUCUUCCAUAUUUUGGUACCUCCGUGUAGUAGUAGUACGGGGACUAGUAGUGCGACAAAGUGCGAACAGAGGACGCGAGAGUCAGCGGAAUUUUGAUACUGCCCUAUUUUAAAUUUUGUUGUACCUUUGUAAAACAAUUGGUAGACAAAAUAUCGAAGGACUGCGUGCAAUUGUGCAACAAUAUUUUGUUGUACAUUAGCGGGGGUUUGAAAAUGACAGCAAACGUGACAAUGGCGUAAUUACGUUUCAUUGGGAGCAACCGCACGUGCUGUUACAUUUCGCCGGAACUCCGAUAGAUGGCAGCAGCAGCAGUGCUUUACUUUCUCUUGAAAUUGAAUCUAUAGUGUCGAUGUAUAUCUGUAAAUUAUCUUCCAUAAUAGGAGCUAUUACGUUAUUAUUUUAGUUUCAUGCACGAAUUAGCACAGAAUGAGGAAAAAUAAAAGUUAAACGGAAGAACCACGCGCAGUUUUAAUAUUAACAAAUAAAUAGUUACGUGUCUGCUUAAUCGUAUUACUUCAUAAAAGUAUUAGUUCUUGUACGAACAUUCGAUAAUGCGUGAACGAAAAAAAAAAGUGAAAAAAAAAUAAAGGAGACACUUUUCCUGUCAUUCAAUUACGAAAUUGGCCGUUGUGAAGUAAAUCCUAGAUAAUGGCACGUGAAUUCUUUUGUUUCGCAAAUUCCAUUUGUCUCUCCGCCUUCUUUAAUUACAAUGACGUAUCGCAUACGUAAGAAACAAUAGUUAUUUUCGUGUAAUUCUUGUUCCCACAUUCCUUUCACCGACCCCCUCAUCCCUUGGCUAACACCUAACCUAUACCGACAACGUGACACGAAGAUUCGGGCCGCCACUUGCCGGACUUCUGAACACUCUGAAGUGCAGUCAGCUAGCAAUUACUUGACCAACGGGUGCAAGGUGAACUGUACCGGGGCCAACGUCAACUCCCGAAGGGCAAAAGAUACGUGGCGCAUCGUGCGGUAACGUGAGAACCAGGGCCCCCAAUGCAUGAUGCACGGGACUGUCGAAUGCACUGCUAGCCAGGAGGCCCGAAAUACCCCACUCAAGAAUCAGGGUACCGUUAUCACCUGUUCUUUCAGGCCUCUCCCGGUUUGCCUACCUACCUACCUGUUACUCUCAUCUGCCAUCAUCUUCAUCGCCAACUCUUUUCCAGCAUCCGCCGUUACAGUACGAUAUAUGUGUAGGCUGAGGCAAAGACCUUUGAUGUCUAUCCCCUUCGGGCUAUUGUAUUUAAAUAAACAUUUACCUACCCACCUACCUGUUACUCUCAUCGGGCACCAUCCUCGUCGCCAACUCUUUUUCAGCCUUCGACGUUACCAUCUGAUCUUCGAACGGGUUAUAGGAAAAUUUUUUACCAUUGUCUACCAUCAGCUAUUAUAUUUGAAAAAAAAUUUCUAUUUGCAUGUAACCAUUCUGAUGACCUGGUGCUGAGUGCCAUCAUCCACACAGGACUUUCCAAUCGGCUCUUCUGCGAGAACUCGAGCUGGGAUGUCGCAGGUCGUCUUGAAAAAUGCAAGAGGGAAAAAGAGAAAUGGAGAUACGGAUGAGGCUUGGAGAAAUAAAAAAAUGUGAGAAUACCGAGGAAAGGUGACUUACGCCAACCGGGAGAUACCGGCAUCCUCGACGCUAAGUCUGGCCUCUUUUUCAUCCUCGUGCCGGCACCGAGCUCUCCCUCGUCUCCUUGAUGAUGAUAAUCGUGAGAUCGACCGCAUAGUUCGCACUACGUUCUUAAAGUCUUUUCAAGCUGAUUGGUUUACGUGCGCCUCAUGCUCCUUUCGUUGCUCAUGUAGAAGAGACAAAAAAAAUUUGCUUCGACGAAAGUCGCCAAUACGCGGCACGUCGGUGCUUGCUGCUCGGGUAAUGCAGACUAUGUUUUUCAAAUGGUGCUCUAGCAAAUUCUAACCUUAACCCCGCCGCCUUACCAACUAUCCCAUAAUUGUCGUAUAAACUUGACUGACGUCCCGCCGCGGAGCCAUUAGUCUCACGUCAAAAAAUUAACGUUGCGUGCCGAAACGGAUACCCUUGUUACUGUUUUACUCAGUUUUCCUGGACAACAUUUUCUUGAAUCUAUACACACGUCAUGUUACAUAACACCUUCAGUCAGGGCUACUCAUGCUCAUUAUUAGCUCCUUGUGCAGUGAACGCCGAAAGAGAGGUUAAAAUUGCCAACAGUGUAGCCUCGCGUUCCGGCAACCCAGAUCUUCGCGAUAUGUACCGUUAAAGACAGUCUGAAAACAAGAAGACGGUCAAGUAAGAAUGAACGGACCGGGCUACUUCGUGGAAAAUGGCGAAUUGUUAGAGAAAACGAGAUUCCUCAUAAUUGACUGUAGUUUCUUGUGUAUCUUUUCCCUUUUUUUUUUGCUUAAUAUCCUCUGCACUACAAGGCGAAGGAGAGAGGGAGGAUAAUGGGUAUGGAAAGUCUACUGGAUAUGGGACAGUCGGAGAAUGUAGAGGAUCUCUUCUAGGUAUGGAUGAAGAAAGGCAACCCAGUGAAGUCGAGGCAGUCCGGCACGGCCCGUCGAACUGAAAGCACCUCCAUUUUUAUUUUCCCGGUAUAAACGUGACACGUGAAAUAUCACGGGAGACCGUUUUUGAGGUUGGACGUCUCUUGAUUCGGGAGGUUAUUUUAUAAACAAUUGCCGUUCCUUGUGCUCGCGACAUCUGAGGGCGUACGUGUGCACGAGGUAGUCGUAGUUCCUCCCUUGGACGCAUGAACAUUAGGACCGGGAAAACUUGAAAAUUAUUUUCGGCAACUUUGUACCAUCAGCGGUAUCGGUCAUUGCCGUUUUACUCGCUCAGUCAAGUUGCAUGAAUAAUUUCCUGUACAGUUGCUGUAGUAUCCGUUACAGAAUAGGAUCAGUUGGGGGUUCCAUAAGUCAUGAUGAAGAUUCAUUGAACCCGACAGCCUCUGAAAAAGACGAUGGAGGUCCUACAAAAUGUUGAGGAUUUCGUGACUGUGGUCAGUGUUGAACCAGAGAAUUUCGUCACCGUUCUCUCAAUUGGCGAACGCAAGAAGGAUGUCGAAGAUAAAGGUCAGGAGCACCUCGAGGAAGAGGUCGAGGUAUUUAGACUUCCUGGCGAACGCUUGGGAUUUGGAUUGAAGUUUGAGGGUGGCAACAAAACCACUGAGAGGGUCAGAAGGUUGUUUGUUCAGAGUUGUGCCGAACAGAGUCCCGCCAGCCGUGCCAAAUGUUCCUGGGGAAGUUUGGGAGAGGGUGAUGAGAUUCUAUCUAUAGACGGCGUCCCAGUCAGUCAUAUGACUCGUCUGGAGUGCGUGCGAAGAUUGAAAGAGUCCCAAUUGGUCAUUAAACUGGUAGUGCGUUGUAGAGGAGCCUUAAGGCCAGAAGUGGUGAGCGCCGAGCGGAAGUGUUCUCCGGAUAAGAUUAAAGUACCACCGGAAUUACCAUCUGUACCACCACCGGUUCCUCCACGAAAACUUAGACAACCAAGAGGAUCCGCAGACGGCGAAGCUAAUCCAAGUCCUGCGAAAAAGUCCUGGGACAGUCCGAAAUCUGUCAGCAGUACAUCAUCCGGUAGUUCACCGCAAUCCCAAAAUGGUUAUCAAACCGCUAGCAAGUCCACGUCUUACGAAAGCUGUAAUUCCUCGCCGAAGAAUUUGGGAGCAACCCCAAAUGAGAAUGCAAAGAAUUCACUAAAACAGGACUCGCCCGAUCUGAACAAGUCCAAGCGGGAACCCCCAGAAGCAAUGGUCUACUUGGAUGCUAGAUCACAAGACGGAUCCAGCACUCACGGAAGCACAUCAGACGAUACCGGAAGUUCAAUGUCAACGGUCGUCGAUAGAUUUUCCACAUCCGAUAGAUUCUCUACGUCGGACAAAUUUUCCACGGUAUCUACGAAUUCAUCAGCAUCAACCAUAUCGGAUCCAUCGAAAAUGGAGUCUGUCGAGAAAGUCUCGAACAAGGAUGUCAUUGAUCAAACGUCCGACGAUCUGUCAAGAAUUCUGGAACCUUUCGAGUUAUCAUCGAAUCAUCAAGACUACCUGCUGACUAGAUUAGCCAAUUCCGAGGCCGUCACUUACGUGGAGUCGUUGGGCGAUAGUGGAGUAGAAAGAGUGACUGCUGUCGUGGCUCCAAAUACGAUUUUAAUUGAAGAAACGAUCACGCUCCAGCCACCAUUAAGCUUUCAAGACGCUCCAUUGAGUUACGGACAUGAGACACGUCCAGGAUUAUUGUAUACUGACUUGGCCGCUGAUUCGGCGACACAUUUUAGACCGAUUAAGGAUGACGCCGCCAUUGUCGAGUGCGUUAAUGGCGACAGUAAUGAUAAAAACGACAUAGAAAAUGUUAGCAAGGCUCCACCACCUUUACCCGCGAGGAAUCAUGUCAACAGGAUUAACGUCAAUCAAGAUUCUGCUAAUGUCAUAGAGAAUAUCGAUGCUCCGGUGCUGCCACCUAAACCAUUGCCUAGAAAAGAUAUAAAAGUCAAAAGGAAGAGACCACCGCCGCCGCCGCCACCACCUCCAAAAGUUUCUAAAAGAGAUGUAUGUCCUCUGCCACAGGAUAAUUUGUCAGGUACACAUGACGAGUCCACAAUGAAGGCGGACGACGAUCUGGAAAGCGUCGAGACGCUUACUGGUGAAUGUCCUGAAAGGAUAGCAAGGAUCGAAGUGGAUUCCAAAGAUCCUGCCAAUGAGAAAGUUGAUAUUGAUGGAGAAAGUGUAUUGGAAUCCGACGAUCUCGAGGGGACAAGACAUGGUAAUUUUAAUGUAUGCACCGAUACCUCAUGUGGGAAUGAUCCUGAAAGUCCUGUCAAGCAUGAAUUGAUCUUCCGGGAACAGGAAGCCGAGAAAGACAUUCCUGAGGUGACGACAACCAAUAAAAUGUUGGAAAUAAUAGAGAUGAAGAAGGUUAAAGCUAUUCAUGAGUUGUCACCUCAGAAACAGCCCAUAAGGAUAACUCAGUACGAAGUGAGUAUUCCCACAGACAGCGUACCUCCUGAAAAUGAAAAUAUUCAAACAGAACACGAGACAACGGAAACAAAGGAUCUUCAAAGAAUGGAUACAAUGUCUUUGGAAAUGGAGGAUCUUCCGGAAGAUUCCGUAAAUCCAUCAAUCGAUAAUUUGGAUACUUCAAUAAGUAAAUCCACAGAAAUUGUACAGGAAAAGGAAGAAGAAAUGUCUGUGCAAGUAACAAAUUUCGCAACAUCCACAAAUGAGGAAUUUAAUAAAGAAAAUUGUCAAAAGGAUCUCGAGGACGAAGAGACCUAUCGCUCUUUGGACGAAGUUAAGGACGACCUUAAGUCAUCGGAGGUUAAAGGGAUUCACAAGGACCCAGAAUCACCGGACGACGACGAAGACACGAGCGACGAUAGCGAGGACGACGACGACUAUUAUUGGCAAAGUAAUUUAGCAACAAUUGGCGAAGAAGAGGAGACAAAUUCGUUGGAAUACACGCACGCCAGCGACAAGACCACGGGCGAACCCGAUUGUGAAAAACAGAAGCCGAUCGAGCCGAAGGAGUCCAACGCCAUUGACGCCACUGCUGCGGCUACGACGACCGAUCUGGUAAAUGGUAGAAUGGACAAUUGUGGCGGGGGUCAACGCCUACCCCCCGACGGGGAUGAAUUUCCAGCAGCGUACCAGGAGUUCGGAUCGUCCCAGCAGUACCUGUACGUCAGUGCCAACAACCGUACUUCCGGUAUGAUGUCCUCGAACGGGUGUCUCGUCCUGGGGGAGAGCCAGGCAUUCGCCACGAGCGAAACCUUCAAGCUACUUCCAAGCAACGGCGAUAAUGUCAAGGACCAAGAGUCCUUCGACGUCCGGGACUCAUCCGGUGUCCUGGAUAAUUAUUCGAGUUACGGCGGUACCGUGGUUUCGGAGAAGAAGAUCGAGAUCGGCGGAUACUAUCAGAAGGAUGCUGGGUCGGUCGACUGUCAAAAUUUAAAUAAGGAUACCAGGGACGAGUGUCCCCCGCCGUUACCAGCAACGAGACCGCCGAAAGUCGACUCCGUCGCGACGCCCACGAGGAUCCCGGAGCAGCCACCGAGGAAAUUUUCUUUGAACGGCGACGCCUGGCGGCAGGACGACAAGUCUGAAAAAUCCGUAAGGGACAAGAUCGCCAUGUUCUCCUCUCAGAGCAGCUUGGAAUCUCCGUUAUUUCCGAGCACCGGAAGUGCCCCGUCAUUGGGUUCCAGGAGGUUGUCCAAGUACAAGUCCUCGGAGGACGUCUUCGAGGACAAGAAGAUUGCAGAGAAAGACAAAGGCAGUGGCCUUACGGAAAGGACUCAGAGCUCGUUCGACCUCAGUGCUACUUCCAAUCAAGACGUCACCUCUUCAGGAAAGUACAACGUGACGUCCGGUAAUGGUCAACUUCCUGCUGCUUCGUUCGCGCCGAAGAACAUCGCCAGGACUGGUCUGGCUCGUCAGGUUUCCGUUACAGAUAGCAAAUCCCCUCCUGGAAUUUAUAGCAGUGGCGUUACUCAAAAUUUUGAAAAAAAUUUAUCGCCUGUCAAAAGUUAUGGCGUCACUCAAAUUUCUACUGCCACUGUCGCCCCGGUCAAGGGUACAGGAUUGACUAGGGCUACGAGCUUUUCCGGCGGAAGUGCGUGCGUCCACGAGAGAUCUCAAUCGCUCGGCGAAGUACCAGCGACUUCACAAGUUUCUAGAACAAAUUCCUUGGCGUCGAUCUUCAAAAGACCCAACGAGGACAUGAGAAGGACGAGCCUUAAUCAGUUGAUCGAACAACGAAGAAAAGGAAUAUCGAAACUUCGCGGGCUAAUUAUACCGGAAAAGGAGGCUGUUCCCGUGGUGCAGCCAAUAACUGAUUUACCGGAAAUCAAAUCGAGAGACUCGAUACUUUUGCAACAGAUUCCGAUUCACGACAAGUGGGGCUCUCAGAGUUCUUUGGCUAGUAUUACCAGCACAGCUAGUGCGCCCAUCAAGACGUCAUCGUUUAAGAUGCCAGCGCCGCAAAUAAUGUCGAAGUACUCGCCAGCUUUCAAGAGGAAGAGCCUUACGGUCUGUGGCUCAGCGACUUCCAGCUUGAAAGCUUCACCGGCAGCUAUUGUGUCCGAGGCUCCUAAAAGCUUAGAGAGUAUCUGCAGUCCAACCAGGAGUGAUUAUAGUUUUGACUUUGUAUCGACUUCCAGUUCACCGGAAGCCAUGAAGACUCGACCUAAGAUUUCUGAAAAGAAGAUUCGAAAUGACUAUGACGAUUCUGAUAACGAUUCUGCAGUGAGUAGCUCGCAGAGUAGCAUCUCCAGAGGAUUUAGUCCUCCCAUGUCGCCUGUUCCUUCUGAGAGGUCAACAGUGUCUUCGGAGAGAUCAUACUUGUCAACUGAAAUGAACUAUCAGAGAUCCUCCAUCAUGGAGAGUCACUCUAGGAAUCAGUAUAACUCUCGGACUGGGGUACUUAGUGAAAGGUCCUUUGGAUCAUCCGAUAGGUCAGACAGGUCAUCCUCAAGUAGUAGUAGUCCCAAUCCACUGUCUCCUCAGCCGCCGGAAGUAUUGGCAAGGACCUCUCAACCUGUUCAGCAGGUUUUGAAGAGAUCCAGCAGUACGGAUACUAAUUGUAGCUCGUCUUCAACUUUGACUUCGGGCUCUCAAGCUAGUGCUGAGUCCUUGUCGAGAAGGGUCCUCAAGCCGCAGAGUGUCGAGGCCAUUAAUAGGAAAAAUAUCCUUGCCAGUGCGCGAUGUAGAAGCGGUAAAGAUCUUAACGGAUCUCCUUUGAUUCAAAGAAAAUUCUCGGACGAUGAAGAAACUCCGGUUUCGAAAUUGGCACAGGAAAAUGGAAUUUAUAAGAUUCAGCGUAGAUCAAAUGGCAGCACGGGUACCGUGGUACAACAUGAUAUUAAGAUAGCCUACAUCGAAGUUACUGAACCCUUGGAUGAUAAUAAUGUAGACCAGAACGAGGACACGAAGAUCUGCAAUAGGAAUGUUCCGCUUCCUGCUGCUAGAACUAGUAAAAAGGAAGUCGUGGAAGCCAUAGAGACAUGGACUGGAACUAAUAUGCAAAAUCCAGAGAAUUUCAAUGUUGGAAAAUCAAUAUUUGAAAAAGAAAAGCCAAGUGUUCUGGCACAGGAGGAUGUCCUUCCACCACAGAUUCGAGUCCCGAGAAGCAGAUCUUCUCUAACAUUAGAUGAUCAACUAACUGCAAGUCUUUUGAAUGCAAGAAGUAGAGCGACCAUAGCUGAACCGGAAAUAGGUGUUGUGGAAUUAGCAAAGCCAAGAUCAAGAUCGAGUCUUAUAUUAAACAAAUCUUCAGAUGAACGCAAUGAUGUACUCGCGGUUCUAUCAACGAAACCAAGAUCGCGUUCUUCUAUUAACGUUGAAGAAGCAUCUUUUGGAAAAUCUAGGAGUCAAAUGAGUUUGGAGGAUAUUUUAGCUGGUAAACCGGAAAUCAAGCCGAAGAGUACUGAAACUCGCAACACUCCUGUACAGUCUUCAACGCGAUCCUGGACGACGGAAAAAGCAUUUACGUCGAAAAUUCCAACACCGGAAAGAGCAAAGCCUAGUGAGAAUUUGGAAGAGCCACUGGAGAUUUCGGAGAGGAUGAGAAUUUCGAAAAUUCCGACAGUCAGGACAUUGGGUCGUCGUAGCGCCAGUGUAACUGAUAUGAAGAAGGCCUUUGAGAAACCGGAAAUAGGUAGUGGUCAAAUUCCACAGGCCACCAAUGCCCACAGCCGCUUUCCAAGUUUGGACAGUAGUGUGGAAGACUCUUCAAGGACUCCAGCAGUGGAAGCUGAAGCUGAACGGUAUUGUGGAGAACAGUUUGGAAGCAUAAGUUCACUUGCAAGCAGCACCAGCUUAAUUUCUCAGCAGGAACUUGCACAACUAGUAGAGGAGGCUAGCUUAGAGGAAGCCAGAGGAGCUCAUGACGUUGUGGUCGUUCUUCUUCAUAAAGAAAAUCCCACUGGAAGUGUUGGAAUAGCCCUAGCCGGUGGAUCAGACUGCGAAGUUAAGGAAAUUACAGUUCACAGAGUCCUGGCACAUUCCAUCGCAGAUAGAGAUGGUCGUGUACAGAGAGGAGACCGGAUAUUAAGUAUCAAUGGCAGAAGCACACGAGGACUCACCCACAGGGAGAGUCUGACUGUUCUUAAGCAACCUAGGUCAGAAGUGGUCCUCGUGGUCUCAAGAGCCAAGGACGACGAUUCUUGUCGAUUGAGGUCACGGACGGAAAGUGUGGAAACCAUAGUAGAAGGAUACGAAAUCAACGGACACCAGGAGGAUACGGCAUGGGGUCCUCCUGUCACUGUCGCCAUUUACAAAGAUGGCGCUGGUCUUGGUUUCAGUUUGGAGGGUGGCAGAGACAGUCCUUUAGGCGACAGGCCUCUGGUUAUUAAGAAAAUAUUUACUGGAGGUGCUGCCGAGAAAACGGGUGCCCUGAGGGCAGGGGAUCAGUUGCUAGAAGUCAACGGAAAUGACGUAACGAGAAUGUCCAGGAUAGAGGCCUGGUCGUUAAUGAAGAAACUCCACGACGGGGAAGUGAACCUCCUAGUCAAGCACCCUGCCACAAAGUCAUCGUGAAUGGUAGUCAAUAUAUAGAGUAUAAAGAAAACGUAUGAAAGAUAUCGAUUAGGUCUUUAUUGUCUUUAACAAUAGAUUGAUGAAUGAGUGAAAUACGAGGUGACCGCCGCGGCAGCCCGACAAGUUCUCGCCUGUAAAUAAUAACAAAUUCUAAACUGUAUUCCUAUUGGCGAGUAAGGAGAACUCCUAGAUAACACUUUAUAAAAACGUGUAUUAACAGGUUACAGUGCUGGCAGUGCAAUAAUAACGUUAACGUAGCUUUUACGCAAUGAAAUUCAUAAUUGUCUUGUUCCCGUCGACUGCGCAAUGUACAUUCCUGCACUGCGUGGUCCAUUAUUGAAAGGUAUGUCUUUUUUGGUGCCCGUAGAGACCUUUUUGUACAGGAAACUCGAAGGGAUGUAUUCAGACUUAUUACCGAGCCAUUUUAUUCUUUGCAAUGGAUACAGUAAAGAAAUUUAUUUGGAAGUAGAAUCCAUGUUGAAAGCAUUUCUUAAUUAUUCUGUAUUUUGUAGUAAUAAUUUAUAGAAACGCAUGUUUAACAAUGAUGCCCAGUGGGUUUUGGUAGUGGAGACUGGAAUCUGGAGACUUUUAUUGUAAUAAGGAAACUUCAUUUGAUACUUGAGAGCAUGGCCAUUUGUUGAAAAAUUGUAUUAUACUAAUUUGUACCAUUGAAUUAAAAAAAAAAAAAAGUAAUCAUACUCGGUUUUGAGAAGAAACUACGAAAGUAUAUGUUGUAAAUAG